AUCCUUCAGCAUAAGUAGUUGCUGGCAUAUGGAUGCAUGCAAUUAUUUUUUCUCAAUAAAUUUCAAAAAUAGAUUGAGCCAUGAGUAUUUCACUGAAACAAGUGCUUAGCAUUGUAGUUCCUGUAUGCAUUUUCUUGUGCAUAUUCCUUUCUUUGCCUCUUGUUUGUGCCCAUGGCCACUCACAUGACCACUCUCAUGGCCAUUCACAUGACCACCAUCAUCACCAUGAAGACCCAGCCUUCAAGUAUAGCAAAGCUGCCAAUGAACCUCAAAAAAGACCUGAACCCACAGCCACUCCUCAAGAAAGCUCCAAUGUGUGGUUGGAAGCAAUGACAGCUACACUACUAAUAAGUCUUGCCCCUUACCUCAUCUUAUUCUUGAUUCCUAUCAACAAUGCUUCAGAACAUCAACCUUUACUCAAAGUUCUUCUUGCUUUUGCCUCUGGAGGAUUGCUGGGUGAUGCUUUCCUGCACCUCAUCCCCCAUGCUCUUCUAGCACAACAGGCAAAACAAGCAGCUGCAGGACAUGCCCACUCCCACUCGCAUUCCCAUUCACAUGCAGCUGAUGAAGAAGGCCAUGGCCAUGAUAAUACAAUUGGCUUGUCUGUAUUGGCUGGUAUACUAACUUUCCUUGUAGUUGAAAAAAUGGUCAGGAUAUUCAAGGGUGGACAUGGCCACAGUCAUAGCAAACCUAGUGAUGCCAAGGUUAAGAAGACUAAUGGAGAUGCCAAAGUAAAAAAAUCUGAGAAGAAAAAUUCCAGUAAUUCAGACAUCAAAGUUGCCGGCUACUUGAACCUGGCUGCUGAUUUCACUCACAACGUAACAGACGGUCUGGCCAUUGGUGCUUCAUUUCUGGCAGGCCGCUCUGUGGGUAUCGUGACUACCGUCACUAUUUUCCUCCACGAGAUCCCCCACGAAAUUGGCGACUUUGCUAUUCUUCUGCAGAGUGGUUGCUCAAAGAGAAAGGCAAUGCUGCUGCAGCUGGUGACGGCCGUGGGGGCGCUCUCGGGCACCGCCAUCUCUCUCCUUGCCGAGGGUGCAGAUGACGAAAACGUGGCGUGGAUCCUUCCGUUUACGGCUGGAGGCUUCAUCUACAUCGCGACGGUAUCAGUGAUACCAGAGCUGCUGGAGCAGAGCAGCCUGUGGCAGAGUCUGUGCGAGGUGGCCGCGCUCGUGGCCGGCGUCGUGCUCAUGCUCAUCAUCGCCGCCUUCGAGGAGGCCGGACACGCGUAGAACUCAAAGCGUGGGCGUGUGAUCGGACACGUGAAGUUGGCUAGCCAAGCUUUGGACCGGACCAACAGGAAGUUUUGUGCCUUAGAUCGUGGCGCUCAUCUUAAAAUCUGCCGGAAAUUGCAAAGAAGUAACAAAAAAUGCAAUGAUGACGGCUUACCAAAAAAUUCAAUGAUAAACCACAGCCCAGCUUCAUUACAAAACAUUAUUUGGUUAGUAGCGAGUCACGCUCAAAUUAUCAGUGUAGUGUUAUGCGGCACAUGCAUGUUCGAGAGACUUGUUUUGAUACUAACUGUAAUGAUGCAAGUUUAUCUUUGAUCUAAAAUAAUCUUUGUUCGUGGUGCGCCAUGAAUUUAUUUUU